AUGACAACUAACCCUAUAUUGCAACUUAUAAAAAUUGAUUCAAACCUACCUGUGUAUUCUGUUGACAAGAUAUACAAAAUAUUGUAUAGAUUAUAUCAAGAGCAAUUACUUGAACUUAAAUUGAAGAAUGAAAGAUUGGAUGAAUUAGCUAAUAAUGAAAUAUUAGAUGACAUAAUAAAUGAAAGAUUGGACAAAAUAGUGGAUGAUGAAAUAUCUGAUGAAGAAAACAUUUUAAACAAAUUAUCAGAAGAUGAAGUUACUAAUAAAAGCUUAUCUGAAGAUGAAGUUGUUUAUAGAAGUUUACUUGAAGAUAGAACUGCUAGUAGAAGGUUACUUGAAAUGUUUCUGAUAUUUGUCUAA